CAGCAGCAGCAGCAGCAGCUUCGCUAAGUUCAGUCCUCCACACAGAUAACACCGCAAACCAUGCGACCGUUUAACUGCUGCUUUCCGACUUCACACAAGGAAACAUGAUUUAGAAAAAGGGGAAGCUUGUAGCUCGGCUUGCCACCUUCUUUUUUAUUAUCACAAAGCGGAGUGGUGAUUUGAAGGCUAGCCGUGUGUUAGCUAGCAUGCUGCUGUCUCCACUCCUCUCGGAUUAAAUUCAUCUCGUCAUGACAGAGUUAAGAUGUCGAAAACCGGACACUUUGGAGGAAGAUAAAGGAGAGCCUGAGCUCCAAAAUGAACCAGAGGAGCAGACGACACGUACUGAAGAGCCGGUGAACACAGAGGAGGAGGGGAGUGUGUCCAUUGGUGGAGAUGGAGCUGACAAACAGCAGAAAGAUGAAGGUGAAGUUAAGGAAGAGGAUGCUCCAAAAAAAGAGGAGAAGUCAAAUAUACCGGAGUCACCUGUAAAAAGACCCAAGGGCUCUUCUGCAUCAGGUUUCUUGCAGCGCCUGGUGAGGGUUUUCUUCGGAUGUCUGGCAGCAGUUGCCUGCGGCAUGCUUUAUGCAGCUUAUCUGUCUGCGUAUCAUGAUAGGAAGUUUUGGUUUUCAACUAGACAGGAGCUAGAGCGUGAAAUCACCUUCCAAGAAGGCAGCGGGAUCUAUUAUUACUACUACAAGCACAUGCUGACUGUACCAUCCUUUGAAAGAGGGUUUUAUGAGCUGACGCUGGAUAACAAGACUGUUUCAGGUCAGACUGUCAACGCAGUGGAUCGUUUGUUUCUGUUUCCAGAGCUCAUCACAAGCUUCAUAUACAGAAUCACUGGCAGUCAGGAUUUUGUGGAGCCAAUCUACUUCUAUGUCGGAGCUGUUUUCGGGCUCCAGGCGGUUUAUGUCACCGCCCUGUUUGUGUGUAGCUGGGUGAUGAGCGGCACCUGGGUGGCCGGCAUGUUGGCUGUGGCCUGGUAUGUGAUUAACAGACCAGACACAACCAAAGUAGACUAUGCCAUUCCUCUGCGGGACAACUGGGCUCUGCCUUACUUCUCUUGCCAGGUUGCAGCUUUGACUGGAUUCCUGAGUCAUAACAUCAGCUCUGCCACUGAGAUGUUUUGCUAUCUUACCAUGAGUGCCACCACCCUGACCUUCCUCCUGGUCUGGGAACACAGCCACUACGUGCUCUUCAUCCAGGGCCUCUGUCUUUUCUUACUCGACUCUUUUGACCUUGUGCCAUCACGUAAGAUGGCUGACAUCCACAAAGUGUACCUCAGCUCUCUGUUCCUGGCCUACUUGUUCCAGUUUCAGAACCCGACCCUGCUCAGCUCGCCUCUGCUCAGCCUCCUGAUUGGCUCAGUGCUCGCGAGGUACUUCCAGCAAAAGAUGAAGAUGGGACCUCUUGUUGCCAGAGUGAUGAAGCUCUUCCUACAUUUCCACCUGGUCUUUACCACAGGGAUCACCUUCAGUUAUUUGGUCAAGAAACUUCUGCCUUUAAGUGAGAGUGACUUCAUUUUGAAGUUCCUAGAAGUCAAAUUUGGGCUCAACACAACAACUGACUUUAUCACAAACUUCCUCCUGUGCCAAGAGAGCUUCCAGGCACCCGGUCAGGACUUGUAUCUCAGACUGACGCAGGCCUCAGUCCUUCCCUUCUACUUCCUGGUGCUCACUGUCUGCCUGCUGUCCACCCUGCAGACCAUUUACAGAAGACUCAGUGGCCAGCCAAUGAGAACCAACCUUAAACUUGAAGAUGGACGAAUAGGAGAGCAGCCAGAGGUCAUCUAUCACGUUUUUCACACGUUGCUUUUUGGAGGCCUGGCGCUGCUGUUUGACGGGAUGAAAUAUUUAUGGACCCCGUACGUCUGCAUGUUUACAGCGUUUGGUGUGUGUUCUCCGGACCUCUGGAUGACUGUGUUUAAGUGGCUCAAGCUGAAGUCAAUCCACCCUGUAGUACUAUCUCUGAUCCUGAGCACAGCGGUUCCUACCAUCAUUGGUUUCAGUUUGUGGAGAGAGUACUGCCCUCGCGUCUUAGCAGAGUUGUCUGACCUGCAGGAGUUUUACGAUCCAGACACAGUGGAGCUGAUCAGCUGGAUCAAGUCACAGGCUCCCGUGGCGGCCGUCUUUGCAGGAAGUCCUCAGCUGCUGGGAACAGUCAAGUUGUGUUCAGGUUCAGCUGUGACAAGUUUACCACUUUACUCAGACAUCAACCUGCUGAGGAGGACUGAAGAUACCUACCAGGUGUAUGCAAUGAGAUCUGCAGAGGACAUCUACAAGAUUCUGACCUCUCAGAAGACAAACUAUGUGAUCAUCGAGGAGUCGAUUUGUAACGAGCUUAGUCAUAAUAAAGGCUGUCGGAUCAAAGACCUGCUCGACAUCGCCAAUGGACAUGUCGUUUAUGACAAAGGAGAGAUUUACUCUUUCUCCAAACACGGAAGAUUCUGCCACGAGAUAAAGAUGAACUACUCGCCCUACACGAACUACUUCACUCGGGUUUUCUGGAACCGCUCGUUCCACGUCUACAAAGUGAACUCUGUCAUCUCUUUUCAGUACUGACCGCAGCUCCCGCCUCCCUACUGAGACUUCCAAAGAGCCCGGUUCUGCUCUUCCCCAGUGUUUCACUCCACAUCCACAACGUCACACGGAGAACUGCAGUAAUGUCGCAGCGUGUGCUCAGAGAAAUGUCUAAUCACUGGUAUCUUCUGCAUGCUGGUGUAGAUAGUGAAGCUGCAAAUGCAAUCCAGCAACUGAGCACACUGUACUUGUUUUGGUUAAACAUUAUUUGAUCAAAACAACAUAAAAUGGCCCUAUUGAAGAUGCCACAAUAAUCACUGUACUGUAGUUUUAUAAGCCAUGUGUUGCUGUUACUGUGAUGUAUUUAAUGAAGGAAGACGUUGGUAUGUGAGGUCUUUUAUCACUUUGUUCAGAAGCCGGCAGCAGCUGUGGUUGCUGACAUUUUUUCAGACUCUGCAAAAGGGAAGUGGGUCAGUAAACAUGUUAAAGGAAACCCCCACCUCAGUGGAAAGCUUUUAAAUAUAAUUCCUGGGGUCUUCAUCAGCUGGUGAAUACAUCUGAAUUUUGGCAGUAUACCUGUGACACUGGAAGUUGUGAUAUCUUACAUGAAAUUGCGUCAAAAACCAUGAAUGAAAGGUGAAUAUUUGUGGAGAGACUGUUUGUUUUUAAUGUGUCAUAUGUGCUCUGCUUUUCCUGUUGUAACCACAUUUUUUUUGUGAUGGAGCCACUUUGUUUUAUAUUCCAGUGUUGACUGAUCAACUCCAGGACAAAAGAAACGGCAUCUGUGAACUUUCUUUUAGCCUUAAAGGGUAGUGGAGGCUGGUUCUGAAGCUACUCAUUUCAGUCGCUUUGUCCUCAUCUGGAUGCCUUAUUUUGAGAUGUGGGAACUGACAUCUCUUUAUCCAUCACACCUCUCAUUAUGUCUGACCGUUUCUCCUCCCCUGGUUCUUACCUGAAGUCUUUGGUGGUAAAUUCCUUCUGGUGCUGUCAUGCAAGUCUCACCAGUACCUGUCCCUCUGCAAAAGGCCAUGUAGUGAAUAUUAGGUUUUAUGGAGAUACGGAAAAUAAAAGUGUGAAUGAAUUGAAGAACACAAAGCUGAUCUCUUGUUUUGCCAUUUGGUGAGGUGGAAUUUUAUCUUGCUGUUUAUGCUUUAAAUGUCAAUUUUAUGUCAGAUAUUUCCUUUAUUAUUUCCUUAAAUACAAAAGUGUGUAAAUACACACCUGCAGAGAUUUUUUAAAAUUAUUAUUUUGGCUGAUAAGAUGUUUUUCCAAUACUGUCAAUACUUUUUAUUUUUUUAUUUUAACCUUGU